UCUUGUUCAGGAUAGCAAGGUCGUGAAGAAAGUAGGGUGAGGUGGUAUGGCCAUUUCUUCUGCCUUCCGUCUCUGUGACUCUCGGAGAACUUCCAGCAGCAUGUUGGGCCAGAGUAUCUGGAGGUUCACCACCUCCGUGGUGCAUCGCAGCCACUAUGAGGAGGGUCCGGGGAAGAAUUUGCCGUUUUCAGUGGAAAACAAGUGGCGGUUACUGGCUAUGAUGACCGUGUACUUUGGAUCUGGAUUUGCUGCUCCUUUCUUUAUAGUAAGGCACCAGCUGCUUAAAAAAUAAGGAUAUGGGGUUGGGGAUUUAGCUCA